AUGAUGGAUUUUGAUGAGCGUGUUCCUUGUUCCUCUAACAUGUAUUUGCCAAGUUGUACUUACUACGUCUCGGGUCCUGAUUUUUCCAGCCUCCCUUCUUUUUUGCCCCAGACCCCGUCUUCUCGCCCUAUGACAUACUCCUACUCUUCCAACCUACCCCAGGUCCAACCUGUGAGAGAAGUUACCUUCAGGGAAUAUGCCAUUGAUCCCUCCAGUAAAUGGCACCCCAGGAACAAUCUGCCCCACUGCUACUCCGCAGAGGAGAUCAUGCACAGAGACUGCUUGCCUUCCACCAACACUGCUAGCAUGGGCGAGAUGUUCGGCAAAAACACAGCUAACGUCUACCACCCCAGCACCAACGUCUCCUCCAAUUUCUAUAGCACGGUGGGCAGGAACGGGGUCCUGCCUCAGGCUUUCGACCAGUUUUUCGAGACGGCUUAUGGCACCACGGAAAACCUGGCCGCGGCGGACUAUGCAGGAGACAAGAGUGGCGAGAAGGCGCCCGCGGCCGCCGGGGCGACGGCGGCAACUUCAAGUUCGGAGGGCGGCUGCGGCCGGGCGGCGGCGGCGGCGGCGGCGGCGGCGGCGGGCGCCGAGAAGGAGAGGCGGAGGCGGCCGGAGAGCAGCAGCAGCCCCGAGUCAUCUUCCGGCAACAAUGAGGAGAAAUCCGGCAGCUCCAGUGGACAACGCACCCGUAAAAAGAGAUGCCCCUACACCAAAUAUCAGAUUAGAGAGCUAGAAAGGGAAUUCUUCUUCAGUGUCUACAUAAACAAAGAGAAACGCCUGCAGCUCUCCCGAAUGCUCAAUCUGACCGACCGCCAAGUAAAAAUAUGGUUUCAAAACAGAAGAAUGAAAGAAAAAAAAAUUAACAGGGACCGAUUACAAUAUUACUCAGCUAAUCCACUACUUUAA